GAUAUGUGCGUUUUGCCUUGUCAUUCUGGUUGUCUCUGAAUUCACUGGCAUCUCCCUUCCUCUUCAGGUGGAGUCAGGUGUGCUGCCUUUGGGACCUACUUGUGAGGAACAUGAAAAUUUCCCUCCGAAAAAUGCAGUAACGGGACAAGAGAGUAGCCGACAGAUAGAGCAUCUGGAAUUUGAACUCAAAAAAAAGCGCAAAAAAUGUGAAAACCUUGAACAUGAAGUGAGGAAAAAGCAUAAAAGAUGCAAAGAACUAGAGAUCCAGCUGCAGGAGAUACAGACUGAAAAUGCACGACUGGCUGAAGAGAACUCGCAGCUAAGCCAGAGGGCUGGAUGGGCAGGACAGGUUGAAUCUGAGAAUGCUGACCUGAAGCUGCAGGUUGUUUUGGUUACUAAGGAACGAGAUUCAGUGAUUCAGACGAAUCAAGGACUCCAAAUCAAGCUGGAGAAUCUAGAGCAGGUGCUGAAGCAUAUGAGAGAUGUGGCUGAGCGAAGGCAGCAGCUGGAAGUUGAGCACAAGGAAGCGCUGCUGGUGCUGAAGGAGAAACAAGAGGAGGUCAGACGGCUGCAGCAGGCCCAGGCAGAGGCAAAAAGAGAACAUGAAGGAGCAGUACAGCUUCUAGAGGCUCGGGUGAAGGAUCUGGAAGAGCAGUGCCGCAGUCAAACGGAGCAGUUCAGCCUCCUGUCUGAGGAGCUCAAGCAGUUCCGGCUUCAAACGGGAAAAAUUGACCUUCUCACCUCCACGCUGGUCACUUCGGAGCCUCCUCUCGCUCUGUGCAGCUCCACCCCGCAGCCCCCCUCGGAGAAGGAUUCAACUAUUGUUCCUGCACUGCUGACUCACCAGGAUACAAAGAAGAUUCACAAUGAAGAGGUUCAGUUGGAAACCUUACAGCGGAUGCCAGAUGCCACUGUGGGCUCUCCAGUUGUUGCUACCAGCUCUCACAAACAAGCCAAGAAGGUGGAAUCCCAGUCAAGCUCUUCAAAAUCUGAAUCCAUGCACAACAGUCCCAAAUCCUGCCCGACUCCAGAGGUGGACACUGCAAGUGAAAUGGAGGAGCUGGAUGUUGACAGCAUCUCUCUAAUUCCCGAGUCAGGCGGCCACGGCCCUGCAAAACUGCAAGUCUUCUUAGCUCGAUACAGCUACAAUCCUUUUGAUGGACCUAAUGAAAACCCCGAGGCUGAGCUUCCSCUCAUUGCUGGAGAGUACAUUUACAUCUAUGGAGACAUGGAUGAGGAUGGCUUCUUCGAAGGGGAGCUGAUGGACGGCCGGCGAGGGCUGGUCCCCUCCAAUUUUGUUGAGCGAGUUUCAGAUGAUGACCUCAUGACAUUUCUGCCUUCGGAGCUGAACGAUCUCACCCAAAGUUCGUACCAGGAGAAAAGUUUUGUCAGUGCAAGUACCAGCAGUGGAGAUAAGAGUGAUUACUCCAUUGAAGAGAGUAGCAUCAGCCCACUGACCAGUAGAGCAGAAGGAGACCAGGAGGAGCCUGUUAGUCACACAGCAGUGCCUUAUCCAAGAAAAUUGACUUUGAUCAAGCAGCUUGCCAGAAGCAUAGUGGUAGGCUGGGAGCCACCGCUGUUACCAGCUGGCUGCCCAGACAUACAGAGCUACAACAUCUAUGUGGAUGAAGAGCUACGUCAAAACGUGAAGAGUGGCUUUCAGACCAAAGCAGUGAUUGAAAAGCUGGAUUUAAAGACCAAGUCUUACCGUGUGUCUGUGCAGAGCGUGACAGAGCAAGGCCAUUCUGACAGACUGCGGUGCACUUUCUUUGUGGGGCAACAUCUCUGUGUGGCACCAACUAUGCUGAAAGUGAGAAGYGUCACGGCCACCUCUGCAGAGCUCAUGUGGCUUCCGUGCAACAGCAAUUACAACCACGCCGUGUAUCUCAAUGGGGAGGAAUGCGACGUAACCAAACCCGGGGUGUACUGGUACACCUUCCGCAACYUGCAGCCCAGCACCCAGUACGUUGCCAAGCUGGAGGCCCGGCCCAUGAAAACGCCCUGGGAGGAGCUGCCGGAGGGGCAGGAGCAGAACUCGGCUGUGAUCCACUUCAGCACCCCGCGAGCAGGUACUCCUGAUGCUCCUCUGGAUGUCCAAGUGGAACCUGGUCCUUCCCCUGGUAUCCUGGUUAUCAGCUGGUUGCCUGUCACUAUUGACGCAGAGGGAUCCUCAAACGGAGUGCGGGUGACGGGCUACGCCGUGUACGCGGACGGGCAGAAGGCAAUAGAAGUUACGUCUCCAACAGCCGGGAGCAUCCUGGUGGACCUGUCCCAGCUGCAGAUGUUCCAGGUGUGCCGGGAGGUUUCUGUGAGAACAAUGUCUCUGUAUGGGGAGUCAGUGGAUUCAGUUCCAGCUCAGAUCUCCUCAGUCUUGCUGAGAGCCUCUCGUCAUUCUUCACCUUCAGAUUCUGCUGUUUCUACCAGUUUUACCUCUAGGCUGUCCUUUGGAGAAUCCAGGGGUUCUCUGCCUGCGCGCAAACCACCCACACACCAGAGAGCUCCGCUCCUCCUGCGACAGAAAAUUCCCCCUGAUGGUUCAGAUGCCAAAUUGACUGAUCUUGCCUCAAGCUGUGAUGACUCAGCACAAUCUCUGCUAGAGAAAGGCUCUUCACAGCAAAACCCCUCCUCUCCCAGUGGUUCCUUGGUGCAGGUUUCAGGCACUUCCUCAAAGGGUUCAGACACGGCACCAGACAAACUGUCUGUCCUUCCUCAGCAAGCUGGCAGCACAGGGCUCCCAAGCGAGGACACAGAGCCUCUAUAUCCAGGGGAAGCAGAAUUGAAAGGCCCAGGUGAAGGAAUGGAAGCACAGACGGAGCUCUCUGUGACCAGAGCACCAGAGCUGGAAAGUCAGUCCAACAGCAGUCGAAAGAUACGUAUGGAGACCUGCCAUGCGUGCUCUGUGGAGGAGUCACCGAAAGGACCCAGUCCUGAAACAGAAGCGAGGGAGAAGCACUUGAGUCCGGAGCCUCUGCCCUCCUCCAGCCAGGCUGAAGGAGCAGAGAGCACUUCCCAAGACCCAAGCACAAGCGAGAGCGUCUGCCAGGAAUUCCCAAGAGUGUCUCCUGUCAAGGAGGUGAUGAAAGAAAUCUCCAGAGGAGACUCUGGAAUAGUGUCUAGAGUGAAGAGAGAGCAAGAAGAGAAAAUGUCUGAAAUGGGAAGGCGUCAGCUGGCCCUUUUUGCUGAGCACAACCGCAGUUCUGAUCUCUCAGAUAUUUUGGAAGAGGAGGAAGAAGAGGAGCUGUCUUCAGAAGCGCUGGAAGAGAAGAAAUGGAAUGCCAGAGAGUCCUGUUACCAGGAAAAUGGGGAAAAGAUGGAUCUUUGUGAUACAGACAGCGAUGAGGAGAUUCUGGAGAGGAUAYUAGAGCUCCCGCUUCAGAAGAACCACAGCAAAAAGUUGUUUAGCAUCCCAGAAGUGACUGAGGAUGAGGAGGAAGAUGAAGAUGAGAAGUGUGUUCUGGAUGAAAAGGCAGAGCCUCAGAAAUCCGUGGAAAGACCUACUCGCCGUGCAGGGAUGACAGAGAAGCCGGUUGGCCCCCAGGAGCCAUUUCUAAAGCCAGGCGGCAGGGAUGACUCCCCAGCUCUGCCCGCUCAGGCUCCGCAGGCGGAACCCGCUGUGAGGGAGAGCGGAGGGGAUGCUGACCAGGAGAUCCCUGCCUUUGGGCAGCUCGCCGGCAACCCCAAAAGGCCAAGCUGGACCUGGGCCUACCAGGAGAGCGAUCUGAGGUCUGUGAGUGGGGCAAGUCCCUCUCGGAGCAAGAAGARGGGAAAUAAUCACAGAGAGAGGAGCCGGAGUCGGCCCGAGAUGGGUAGGAAGAAGCAGAGCGAUUUCACCGAGCACUGCAGUCGGCUGGGCAACUGCAGCCAGAUGGGAAGCGGCCUGUACCGAGCUCCCAGCGUCAGGGAAGAUCUGAACAUUGUGAGCAGUGCUGCUGGCAAGGAGGCCUUCGAUGCCUUCAGUCGCGCCAGACAGGGCGCCUCACGAAACAAACCUAGGAAGGCAGCACUUUCAGGUCUUGCAGCAGCUCCUGUGGUGGCAGCGCACUGCUCCAGCCCCAAGAGCCUGGAAAUAGAUAUUGAAUAUGACUCAGAAGAUGAGCAGGAUUCGAUCUGCGCAUCGCCCCCGGAGAGCAGGCCAUGGCCAGAUGGCAGAGCAGAAGGAUCUCCGAGCUGCCAGGGCGAGUGGAGCGAUUGUUCCAGUCAGUCUGAGGUUGCCCACGUUGGGGGCAGAAGGGACCUGACCAGCCGGGAGAUGGUUGAAGAACAGGGUAUGGAGUGGGCUGGGUCUCCGAGCAGUCGCCUGCGAUUCCUCUGCCGGGAUAAGGAAGUGCUGAGGUGUGAGAGCAGCUCUGAGGAGCAGGGCUGGGAGUUGGACUGUAAGUCACCUGGCCGGAGAAGGAGGCUUGACCAUCCUUGGAAGGGGAUACGUAGCACCUCCUUGCACAAAAGGGCRUCUGGUCAUAAAGAGCCUAGGGGCCAGGAGCUGCCUGGCUCAGCCGCCUGGCAGGCUCCCAGCAGAAGGAGGAGCAGGAGCGUAAGAAGAAGCCAAAUGCAGAAACCUUUGCUCUCUAGUCCAGGACCUCCAAGGAUCGUGGCUUCAGAAACCGCUGUUGAAGAUGAUGCCAUUAGGAUAUUUGUGGCCCUCUUUGACUAUGAUCCUGUUUCUAUGUCUCCUAAUCCUGAUGCGGCGGAAGAGGAACUCCCAUUUAAGGAGGGUCAGAUCCUCAAGGUGUGUGGAGACAAGGAUGCUGAUGGCUUUUACAGGGGUGAAUGUGCAGGAAGGGAAGGCUACAUCCCCUGCAACAUGGUAUCUGAAGUCCAGGUGGAGAAUAACGAAGUCAAGAGGCAGCUCUUAAAGCAAGGAUUCCUUGUUGCAGACACGCCGAUGGAGAGUGUAGGAAAUGGCACAUUUUCUCCACCUCCACGCCGCCAAACCGUCCCUCCUCCAAAACCCAGACGCUCCAAGAAAGAGCUGAAUAAACAGGAGAAGUACAAAUCUCAUUCAGAACAUAAGCGGCAGGAUUUUGAAGCUGAACUGCUCCCUGCUCGCAGUAUGGUGGCUGUGUUUGACUACAACCCCAAGGAGAGCUCUCCAAAUGCAGAUGUAGAGGCUGAACUGACUUUCAGUGCAGGGGAUAUCAUCACGGUGUUUGGAUCUAUGGAUGAUGACGGAUUCUAUUACGGAGAAUUGAACCAACAGAGAGGGCUCGUCCCGUCCAACUUCUUGGAAGCCGUAACUUUGGAAGAAGGCACAACCGAGGAACUUCAUUCAAAAGAGAAGGAGACUCUUCCACAUAGUGCUGAGAGCCAGUUCAAUCCAGAUGGGUCUAUUGACCAGAGAGACUUCUCGCCAACUCCUCCUGCUGUACCACCCUCCUGCCUUCUCAUGGACGAGCAGCGUCCAGAGCAGGCACCACUGGCACUUCUCAAAUGCACUGAUUUACCUGGUCAGAGUAAAAGGAAGAGARGCUUCUUCUUCAAAGGAAAAAAGCUCUUCAAAAAACUCGGGUCCAGUAAGAAGAAUUAACAUGGGAUUUGAUGCUUUCUGUAAGUUGUCUGUGCAACCCACACAGGCACUGGAAAUUCAGGAGAAGCCCUCUGCAAUAAGCUUAUUARAGUAUUUUCAUAGGGAAAGAGUAUAUGUUGAAUAGAGAAAACGCCUGGGUGGGCCUGCAAGCCGUGGUCUCUGCUGAAAGCCCACCCAGCACAGGCAGUGUCUGUGGACACAGUUUCAUGGCACUGGGGGGUGUGAGGCCUCAGCUCUAGGAUACAGCUACCUCCACAGUAGUGUGUCCUGCUCCAUGCAGCCCUCAAUGCACCCCUUCCCUGUAAAUAUUUUAAUUUAAAAAAUGGUAUCCUGGCUGUAACUUUAGCUAAAUGGCUUUUCCCAGCAAAACCCAAGCCCCUUAGGAAAAGCCCCCCUUGUGCUACUCACCCGGUAUCACUGGUCCAAAGGAGAUUGUCUUGACUCCACUUCCCUCAGAGAACAUUUGCACUCUUCUGUUCCCAUGAACCCCCUUUGCUGUCUCUGGGCUGACGAGUGAGUUCUUUGUACUGUAACCCUGUAAAUACGCAGCUGUGCCUAGGAGCAUCCCACACUGCCUGAGCCGCGCUCAGCGCCGGGGGCCUCGUGGAGGAAGGAGCGAUGCCCUCGAUGGGGCCGAUACUUCUACGUGAAGCGUGGGCUGUUGCAAGCUGCUGUUGGCUGGUUCACCUUGACCACAUGCUGGCUGGGGACUCCGCCUUAUUUAUUUAUUUAUUUAUCUAUCUAUCUAUUAAUUUCAAUUUAUUUAUUUAUUUGGUUUGGUCCGCCUCUUUCAUGGUUUUAUUUGGCUGUUUUAAUGGGCUGCUCCUGAGUUGGAGCAUUUGGAGAGUAGAGCUGGGGAUGGAGAGUUUGCAGCUAUUUUCAUAUGAUAUGAUGUGUUUC